CUUCAGUCGUUCAUACAGGCUUCACCCACACAGCGUUAGUUAUUAGUGUACAAGUGACAAAAUAUAGUGUUGUGCUCUAUAUGAACUGCGGAUUUGAUUUUUGCAAAAAUGAAGAUUUUAAUGAGAGCCGAUACUCACUAUAGUAUCACAGUGAACGGAAACGAUUAUGAAAAGGCCAAAUAUACAUUCUCUCAGGUUUUAGCUGCUGUUGCUGUAUCAUUGGGUUCCAUGAUAGUCGGGUUUUCUUCAGCUUAUACAUCGACAGCAUUAGUUUCAAUGCAAAAUGAUACAAGCAUAACAGUCUCGGAAUCCCAGUCAAGUUGGAUUGGAGGACUUAUGCCUUUAGCUGCUUUAGCUGGAGGUGUUAUCGGAGGACCCCUCGUGGAUCUUAUAGGACGCCGAAAAACACUAUUGUUCACUGCAUUCCCUUUUUUUAUUGGAUGGAUCCUAAUAGCCGCUGCAAGCGUCGUCCACUUAGUACUAGCCGGUCGAGCUAUUUGCGGUUUAUGUGUUGGUGUCGGCUCAUUAGCUUUUCCUGUUUAUCUGGGAGAAACUAUACAACCUGAGGUCAGAGGUACUUUAGGGCUAUUUCCUACGGCCAUAGGUAACAUUGGGAUUUUGAUUUCUUAUGUAGCCGGUAGAUAUUUAGAUUGGUCCCAAUUGGCUUACUUGGGAGCGUCGCUAGCGAUUCCGUUUCUAGCCUUGAUGUUACUCAUACCAGAAACACCCCGUUGGUACAUUUCACGUGGAAGGACUGAGGAAGCUAGAAAAGCCUUACAAUGGCUGCGGGGAAAGAAUGCAAAAAUUGAUAACGAAAUGCGUGAUAUAGCUUUGUCGGAUGCUGAAAUUGAAAAUGAAUCUUCGGUUACAGAACUUUUUAAUAAAAAAUACCUCAAAUCAAUAUCGAUUGCACUUGGGCUCAUGGCGUUCCAACAGCUUUCAGGAAUUAAUGCAAUUAUAUUUUACACCGUUGAAAUAUUUAAAAUGUCCGGAAGUUCAGUUGAUCCAUAUCUCUCAACAAUUAUUGUUGGUGUUGUCAACUUUAUAUCCACCUUUAUAUCUACAGCGUUAAUCGACAGAGCAGGUCGUAAAAUGCUCCUAUACAUUUCAUCUGUAUCUAUGACGAUCACAUUGAUAUUAUUAGGUACAUUUUUCUAUGUGCGUGACGUACUUAAUUUAGAUGUUACAGUUGUAGUCUGGAUACCACUUACAUGUUUAAUGUUUUAUUUGCUUGCGUUUUCAUUAGCUUUUGGACCGAUACCAUGGUUGAUGAUGGGUGAGAUAUUACCAGCGAAAAUAAGAGGCGCUGCAGCAUCGAUUUGCACAGCUUUUAAUUGGCUUUGCAGUUUCAUAGUAACAACUACAUUCCACGAUAUAAAAGCUGCCCUAGGGCCCUGGGGCACAUUUUGGCUCUUCGGUUGUAUUUGUUUCUUGGGAUUAUUCUUUGUUGUAUUUUUCGUGCCAGAAACCCGGGGUAAAAGUCUUGAACAAAUUGAGAAUAAGUUGACUGGUCGUAAAACUAGGUCGCGUCGAUUGAGUUCCAUUGCAAAUAUUAAACCAUUGCCAAGCGGGUGUUGAUGUGAUUCUAGCUGUGUGUUUAAGAGUAAUAAUAAAGUCCAAAAAGAAUCUACACCUCAAACUAAUUGAAUGAUAUGUGUAAACAAUAUUUGCAAUUGUUUAAUUGUCUAGCAAUGUAAUAUAGAGUUAAGUUAAAUAGUAAUUAGUUCAUGUUAUGCGAAAAAGUGUGUGGCAAGUUAAUUUGUAUGCAAAGAUAUUAAGAUUUAUAAUAAUGUUAAGAAUGAUUUACUGUUAUGCGAUAUAAUUGUACUUAUUUAUUAUUAUUUAUUAUAAAAAAAAUCUGAUUCAAUUAAAUAAUUUUAACAACA